AUGAUCAAUAAUAAUAUUGCUACCACUGAUGCUGAAUUGCAUCACAAGAAGAAGACGAAUAAGAGAAAUGGAUGUGCAUUUUUUGUUUGGGCUCAACUUCUUACACAACUUUCUAUAACAGUGGCUAUUACUGUCUAUACAAUUAUACAAAAUAAUCGCGAUCAAUCAAUUGCACAAGCUAAUCGUCAACAAGAUAUUUAUCUUGCCAAUGAGAUGCGCAAUAAAGAUCUUGAUAUCGCUCAAGAAAAUCGCCUCAACGAUAUAUUAAUUGCCUAUGAUCACCAAAGAGAAAAUAUUUUAAUCGAAUAUCAAAAUUUUGUAAGUGAUUUAUUAAACAAGUAUGGUAUAACAUUAAAUGAUAGUGCUGCCCGAUUUGUAUCUCGCUUUAAAACAUUGGCCGCUCUGCAACAAUUGAAUCCAGCACGACGUACAUUUCUUAUUCGAUCACUUAUUGAAGCCAAGUUGGUUACCUACAAUGAUAAUUUAACACCUUCUUUGGUAUCGCCAAUCAUUCAGUUAGCUACGGCUAAUCUAAGUGAAAUUGAUCUGAGUGAAACCAGUGACUCUGCUUUUGUAUCACAGUUAGCAAGUUGUCUGGCAUUUGACAGUACUAUACUCAAUCGAGCUUUAUUUCGUCGAAAACACCUAACUGGUUCAACUUUUAUCGAUGCAAAAUUGAAUUACGCUGACUUUUCUUCAAGCAUUAUAGGAUUUCUGAAUGAAUGCUCCAAUCAAAGGAUAACUGCAAAGAUCUCAGUCAGUUUUAAAGAUGCUGAUAUGUCUUAUGUCAAUUUUUACAAAGCUUUUAUUGACAAUGUUGAAUUUAUAUUUGCGCGAAUGAUAGGAGCUAAUAUGACCAAUACUAUUUUCGGCCAUGAGAUCAACUUCGCUCAUACAAUAUUGGCAGAAAGCAAUUUUUAUAUGGCACAAUUUACUGAUGGACGUUUUGUCUUUUACCAUGCCAACAUGACGAGUUUCAAUGGAACUCGAGCAAUAUUUAACAAAUGUUCUUUCUAUGAAACUCUACUUUUCAAUUGUUCUUUGAUCUAUUCAAUAAUCAAUCAAUCCUCCUUUACUGCAGCCAAUAUGACCAAUUGUCAAUUGAACAAUGCUCAGCUAACCAAUGUCGACUUUCGUAGAGCAAACUUGAAUAAUGUUGAUAUGUCCAAUAUUAUAUGUGUAGCGAAUUGUUCGUUUUCUGGAACUGAUCUAACAGGAGCUAUCUUACACAAUGCAACAAUUAUGAGCAGUAAUCUUUUGACUGCAACAUUUACUGAUCAACAAUUGGGACAGACUCGAACUUUAGCUGGAUCAACAUUGCCAAACGGGACUGUUGUGCCCAUGACAUAA